AUGACUCUUGUGAUGGUGGUUCUGAUGAAGACGCUCGCCGCGACCUGCGCUUCCUUCUGGCUUCCACUCUCUGCUCCACCGCCGAUCACAGAGCCAUUCGACGUCUCGAAGCCUCCAAAGUCACCGCCGAUCACAGAGCUGCCACAACUGCCACUUCCACCUCCACCUUCCACCUUCCUAUCACCAAUCACGACCUCCAAUGAGCCCUUCAAGGCCCCCAAGCCCGCAAAGUCAUCUCCUAUGUGGCCCUCAAAGCCGCCGUCUCCAUCGAUUGAGCCGUCGCUGAUAGAGAUGUCGCCGAUUCAAUUGCCACCGCAGCCGCUUGUACCACCCCCACCACCCCUGUGA